CAAAAAUUAUUGAACGCAUGUCAUUUGGGUUUUUGCUGCUUCAAUGGUUGACGAUUCACAAGUUUCUAGCAAGGAUUUGAUAAAUUUGUCCGAAUAUUGUGAUUUUAACAAGUUUUUCCUAGUUGAGGAAAUAGCACUAGAGCCAGAUUAUACGCAAUUACAUUAUGGAAAAUGUUUAGUGAUUGGAAAGUUGCGAAGAAAUGUUGAGGGUGAUUUUGAAUUAGAAAAUAUUCAUUUACCUAACUUACCCAAUGAAUAUUCGUUGCCGGAAGGAUUUUUAUCUGUGCAUUUACUGACGUUUAGUUAUUUGGGUAUAGAACUGGAAGAUGGACAUUUUUGCGAGAUUUACGCUGAACUUGUACUACUAAAUUUAGAAAAUCGUGAUGCUAAUAAAUCACAACUGACUGUUCGUGGCUUACAAGAAAUACUAUGCCAUACUGAAGAGUCCCAGAAACAAAAAAAGAUUACAGAAUAUACAAAGUCACAUAAACCUGCGCUAAGGGUAUAUGAUGUUAAAAAAAUAGAUCGCGCUGGGGAGUUGGCAGAACGAAAUUUAAGAAUCAGAAUGAUCGCACAACUUUAGUUAAAGUUAUCAUGGAUGACUGUU